AUGUCAGUAUUUGUGACAAAUGCGACGAAAGGUGGUGAUAGCGGAGCAACAGGAUCAUCGGGAAAAAUGUUUGUGAAAGGUGCACCUGAGUCAGUGAUCGAUCGAUGUACCCAUAUUCGAUGUGGAACACAAAAGGUGCCCAUGACUCCACGGCUCAAACAAGAAGCCAUGAAACUAGUUCAUCAGUAUGGAACAGGUGGCGAUACUCUUCGAUGCUUGGCACUUGGUACAAUUGAUGAACCAAUGCGAAAACAAGAGAUGGAUUUGGAUGAUUCGAGAAAAUUCAUCACUUAUGAAACGAACAUCACAUUUGUUGGUGUUGUGGGUAUGCUUGAUCCACCACGUUCGGAAGUCGUUGACGCCAUUGCCCGAUGUCGUGAUGCUGGCAUUCGCGUCAUUAUGAUUACAGGUGAUAACAAAAAUACCGCUGAAGCUAUCUGCCGCCGAAUUGGUAUCUUUCAAGAAGGACAGAAUACGCGAGGCAAAGCAUUCAGUGGUCGGGAAUUUGAUGACCUAUCGACAGAAGAUCAAUCAGACGCAUGCCGUCACGCAAAAAUGUUCGCUCGUGUCGAUCCUGCACACAAAUCUAAAAUUGUCGAAUAUCUACAGUCACAUGGUGAAAUCACAGCUAUGACUGGUGACGGUGUCAAUGAUGCACCUGCAUUGAAAAAAGCCGAGAUCGGUAUUGCCAUGGGUUCGGGUACUGCUGUCGCCAAAACAGCUUCCGAGAUGGUCCUAGCUGAUGACAACUUCUCGUCGAUCGUUGCUGCUGUCGAAGAAGGUCGAGCUAUCUACAACAACAUGAAACAGUUUAUUCGUUAUUUGAUCUCAUCAAACAUCGGCGAGGUCGUGUGUAUCUUUUUGACUGCUGCACUUGGCUUGCCUGAAUCGUUGAUUCCAGUGCAACUGUUGUGGGUGAACUUGGUGACAGAUGGUUUGCCAGCAACAGCUCUUGGUUUCAAUCCACCUGAUUUGGAUAUAAUGGAACGUCCACCACGUAAUCCAAAAGAAUCGCUGAUCACACCAUGGUUAUUCUUUCGUUACAUGGCUGUCGGAACAUACGUCGGCUUUUCUGUGGUCUGCAGUGCGACAUGGUGGUCAAUGGACGCAGCCAAUGGCCCUAAACUUUCUUAUUGGCACUUGGAGCUGGCACAGUGGGUGCCUCCUGCUGGUAAGAUCUUCCAUCCCUUGAGUGUAGUGCAUGAUUUGAACACAUUCUUCUUACUUGAUUUCAGGUGGUACGUGUCGUAUCACGAUGGACCACUGUUGUCAUGGACGCAGCUGACACAUCAUUUCAAAUGUCGCGGUGGUGGUAAAGAAUGGGAAGAUAUUGAUUGUGACGUUUUCGACGAUCCACAUCCCAUGACAAUGGCCCUAUCAGUACUCGUCACAAUUGAAAUGUUAAACGCACUGAACAGUUUAUCCGAAAAUCAAUCUCUUGUGAGAAUGCCUCCAUGGAUCAAUCAAUACCUUCUCUAUGCUAUUGCUCUAUCCAUGUCAUUACACAUGAUGAUUCUCUACGUUCCAAUGUUUAAUACCGUAUUUCAAAUCUGUCCUUUGACAUUGGAAGAAUGGUUUGCGGUGCUGAAAAUCUCUUUUCCUGUCAUCUUACUUGAUGAAACAUUGAAAUUCGUCGCUCGACGAUAUGUCGAUAGUAAGUUCCAUCCUACGCAUGAUCUUCCAAAANGUGGUGAUAGCGGAGCAACAGGAUCAUCGGGAAAAAUGUUUGUGAAAGGUGCACCUGAGUCAGUGAUCGAUCGAUGUACCCAUAUUCGAUGUGGAACACAAAAGGUGCCCAUGACUCCACGACUCAAGCAAGAGAUACUACAUUUAGUUCAUCAAUAUGGAACAGGUGGCGAUACUCUUCGAUGCUUGGCACUUGGUACAAUUGAUGAACCAAUGCAAAAACAAGAUAUGGCUUUGGAAGACUCAUCACAAUUUGCAAAAUAUGAGACGAACAUCACGUUUGUUGGUGUUGUGGGUAUGCUUGAUCCACCACGUGAAGAAGUUCAUGAAGCUAUUGCUCGGUGUCAUAAUGCGGGAAUCCGUGUCAUUAUGAUUACAGGUGAUAACAAAAAUACCGCUGAAGCUAUCUGCCGCCGAAUUGGCCUUUUCAGCGAGACAGAAGAUACACGAGGCAAAGCAUUCAGCGGUCGUGAAUUCGAUGAUCUCACAACAACUGAACAGUCAGAGGCUACUUAUUACGCAAAAAUGUUCGCUCGUGUCGAUCCUGCACACAAAUCUAAAAUUGUCGAAUAUCUACAGUCACAUGGUGAAAUCACAGCUAUGACUGGUGACGGUGUCAAUGAUGCACCUGCAUUGAAAAAAGCCGAGAUCGGUAUUGCCAUGGGUUCGGGUACUGCUGUCGCCAAAACAGCUUCCGAGAUGGUCCUAGCUGAUGACAACUUCUCGUCGAUCGUUGCUGCUGUCGAAGAAGGUCGAGCUAUCUACAACAACAUGAAACAGUUUAUUCGUUAUUUGAUCUCAUCAAACAUCGGCGAGGUCGUGUGUAUCUUUUUGACUGCUGCACUUGGCUUGCCUGAAUCGUUGAUUCCAGUGCAACUGUUGUGGGUGAAUUUGGUGACAGAUGGUUUGCCAGCAACAGCUCUUGGUUUCAAUCCACCCGAUUUGGAUAUAAUGGAACGUCCACCACGUAAUCCAAAAGAAUCGCUGAUCACACCAUGGUUAUUCUUUCGUUACAUGGCUAUCGGAUGUUAUGUUGGUUUUGCUGUAGUAUGGAGUGCUUCGUGGUGGUCUAUGAGCGCUACAAAUGGUCCUAAGUUGUCAUACUGGCAUUUGAAAAAUCAUUUUAAAUGUCGAGCUGGUGGAAAAGAAUGGGAAGGCGUAAAUUGCUCAGUGUUCGAUGAUCCACAUCCAAUGACAAUGGCAUUAUCAGUGCUCGUCACAAUUGAAAUGUUAAAUGCCCUCAAUAGUUUAUCAGAAAAUCAAUCUCUUUUGAAAAUGCCUCCAUGGACAAAUAAGUAUCUACUGGGCGCUAUUGCUCUAUCCAUGUCGUUACACAUGAUGAUCCUCUACAUUCCAAUGUUCAAUACUGUGUUUCAAAUUUGUCCGUUGUCAUGUGAAGAAUGGCUCGCUGUUAUAAAAAUCUCUUUACCAGUUGUGCUACUAGACGAACUACUGAAAUUCAUCGCACGACAGUAUCUCGAUCGUGGUAACAAAUCAAAACAUGUGACUUCAAUCAAUAAAAUAUCAAAGCAUCAAACAUCCCAUAUCGAAUAG